CCUUGAAAUAAUAUAUAUAGUUGCAUUUGUUGAACUAAAAAACAUUUCUCAAAUGCAAACUUAAACCACAGCACCCAUCACCACUACACCUUCCACACCAAACAUCAUCUAUCUAUCCAUCCAUCCAUCCAUCCAUCUAUCCAUCUCCCAUUCUUCAAUUCAUUCAAUUCCCCAUACAAUAAUGGCCAAGGAUGAUGACCAAGACUUCAGCUUCCCAGCCACCGUGGAAACUCCACCGCCGCCGCGUUUUCUUGAACCGCCGCCGAUUUGGUGGCGGACCUCGGCGGCCUCCCACCGUGAGAGCCCGAAGAAAGAAGAAGAUGAUGAUGUAGAUCUAGAUAGCUUCUGCUACUUCUCUUCAUUGUCAAAGGAGGCCACUAUUCAUGCCCAAAGAAGGAGCUUUUCUUGCAUAGAAGGAAGAACAAAGAGGAGAGAUGAAGAAGAAGAAGAAGAUGAUGAUGAUGGGGAAGAAGAAGAAGAGGAGAAGAUGGAUAUGUUAUGGGAGGAUUUCAAUGAAGAGUACAAGAGAAGUAGAGAAUUGAAAUUUGUGCAGUCAUUGAAGCUCACCAAAGCUGUGAAGAGGCCAAGAAUGGUGGUUGUCAUGAAGGUGUUGAAGAAGGUUUUCUUGCUUCAUCAUUCUCACCAUUCAAUAUUCAAGAAACAUCCAUAAUCUUGUUGUGUUAAUUAUUAGUUUGUCUUCUUUUGAUUCUAAUGCACAUAAUUUUUGUUUUUUUA